CUCAAAUGUCAAGGAUCUAAUGGAACUACCUCGAACCUCAAAGGACGAAAGCAACAUUCUCCCCUUAACAAAAUCAAACCCUAUAAUUCUCUCUGAGCAGCUUCAAUGGUGUUUCGUCUUCACUCUUUUUGCAAAUAUUAACUUCGACAAUUCCACAUUAGUGGCAUUAAAAAGUGGUGAUGGGACGCAAUAUAAACGACCAUUCAGAAUCUCCUGUUAGAGAUCGAGGGAGAAGGAGCCCGGCUAGGAGGAGCCUGUCUCGAAGAGAGCAGUCACCUGUGUGGCACAAGAGCUCACAUAGGGGUAGCUCUCCUGCGAGAGAGAGAGAUAAAGAGAAAGAGAAGCAUUCUAGUCGUGCUAAAUCUCCAAGACGUGCUCAGUCAGACUCACCAGUUUCUCAGUCAGCUUCCCCACAUAGGUUAGUAAGAGCUCAAGAUGAAAGAAAGGUCGAGAAAGUGACAGAGAGAGAACAUGAAAGAAAUCAUGUUAGGAGAGGUGAUAAAGGAGCACACAAGGAAAAAUCUCUUUCUCCCAUUUCUCGCUCGCCUUCACCAUGUUCAAAACGGUUGAUGAGAGCCAGAGAUGAAAGGGAGGCUGAAACGGAAACAGGGAGGCAGCAUGAGAGAAGUCAUGGUAGGGGAAGUGGUAAGGGAACAUACAGGGACAGGUCACUCAGUCCUGUUUCACGCUCACCUUCCCCUCGUAUGAAACGGUUAAGGAGAGCCCAAGUUGAAAGAGAUGCUGAUAAAGUGACUGAGAACGAACAUGAGAGAAAUCAUGGUAAGACUAAUGAUAAGGGAAGGCACUCAUCCAUUUCUCGGUCCCCUUCACCACGUACAAAACGCUUAAGGAGAGCCCAAGCAGAAAAAGAGGCUACAAAAGUGACAGAGAGAGAGCGUGAGAAGAGUCAUGGUAGGACAAGUGAUAAGAGCACACAUCAAGAAAAGGGAUUGGAUAGGGAAAUUGUGAGUGAGAGAAAUGAUAAACGUGGUUUUGAUAGGGAUAUUGAGACUGAAAGAAUGGAGAGAACUUCAGGAAGAGAUGAAAGUAGCAGGUCUACAAGAUCAAGACAUGAGCGGUCCACUUUAGAUCAACCCCGUAGGAGUAGGCUUAGAUCUCGCUCACCUCAAUCAGAGGAUGGUGCUAGAAGUCGUCAUGAGGAGACAAACUCAAGAGGAGAUGAACGCAGGAAUGAUGAUGAUGAUUCAAUAGCUAAGAUGAAGGCUGCUGAGGAAGCCUUGGACGCCAAAGACAAGGUACAAAAACCUUCAUUUGAGCUCUCUGGAAAGCUUGCUGCCGAAACAAAUAGAUUAAGAGGUGUAACACUGCUCUUCAAUGAACCUCCUGAUGCUCGAAAACCUAAGUUAAGAUGGCGACUCUAUGUUUUCAAGGCUGGCGAAGUGCUGAAAGAACCACUUUACAUACAUCGGCAAACUUGUUACCUUUUUGGGAGAGAAAGAAGGGUAGCAGACAUUCCUACAGACCACCCAUCUUGCAGCAAACAACAUGCUGUAAUUCAAUACAGGCAAGUAGAGAAGGAGAAUGCCGAUGGUACAUCAUCAAAGGAAGUAAAGCCUUACUUAAUGGACCUCGGAAGCACUAAUAAGACUUACCUUAAUGAAAAUCCAAUUGAGCCACAACGCUAUUAUGAACUUUUUGAAAAAGACACUAUUAAGUUUGGUAAUAGUAGCCGAGAAUAUGUGCUGUUGCAUGAGAACUCGGUUUCAUGAAAUGGCUACUCCAAUAUGUUCCUCCUUUUUUCAAUGCUCAAUGAGGUUUAACCAUUCAAGGAUGUCGUUCUCAGUACUCCAUGUUUGUGACAGAAGUUGGUAGGUCUUGUCUUCAAAUUUGUUACACCAAGGAGUGAAGAGUCUCUCUGAUCCUAUAGAGGGGAACUGUGUUGUUAAAUGAUAUUUGUCUUCUUACUACAAAGCCAUACAUCUCUGUGAACAAAAUUUCCUGGAAAUUGCUUCUAUUUUGGAAUAUUAUUUAUAGGAAUGCUAGUAAGCUAUUUUAUAGCUUGAGAAUUUUUUGUAUCUUCUUGUCUGAGAAAUGCUUAAUGUUUUAAAAUCUGGUCGAAUUGGUUCGGUUGGAAUCCAGUGGUCAGCCCUAUCCGGGUUAUUGUUUAAA